AUGCGUUUCCUCUCCUUCCUGGCCCUCUCCCUUUCAACGGCCAUAACAGCAGUCAACGCCUACCCAAUCAGUGGCAACGACGUCCGCUGCCGCUCCGGUCCAUCGACCAGCGACAAGAUCGUGAAAACCUACAAAAAAGCCCACGAAGUCAAAAUCUCCUGCCAAACAACCGGCACCACCAUAUUCGGCAACAACAUCUGGGACAAAACCACCGACGGCUGCUACGUCGCCGACUACUACGUGAAAACCGGCAUAAACGGCUACGUGACCAAGAAAUGCGGCUCCAGCGGCGGUGGUAGCGGCGGCGGCAGCGGCUCCAGCAAGGGCAAGGCGAUUAUCUCCGCCGCGCAGAGUAAGAAGGGUCUCCCCUAUGUCUGGGGCGGUGGUGGCUGCUCUGGUCCGUCGAAGGGUGGGUUUGAUUGCUCUGGUCUGACGCAGUAUGCUAUCUGCAAGGCUUUGAAGAAGACUAUUCCAAGGGUUGCGCAGGAUCAGUAUAACUCAAAGCUGGGGAAGAGGGUUAAGCGGUCGGCUGCUAAGCCUGGUGAUUUGCUUUUUUGGGGUACGAAUGGGAAUUGUAAGAGUGGGGUUGUUCAUGUGGGCAUUUUCAUUCGUGAUGGGUGGAUGAUCAAUGCUGCUCGGACGGGGACGCCGGUUAGGGAGCAGGCUAUUUGGACUUCUUAUGGUGGGGAGAAGAUUUGUCCUUAUGUUAUGAGAUUUACUUGA